UGUAGGCAAUGGGAGACAGUUGGCAAUGGUGAUCACCUUAAUAUAACAAAAACCGAACGCGAUCGGACGAUGCGAAUGUACUUAUAUGCUAGUAUUGCAUCAUAUUCGUUGGCGACUGGGACCUGGCUUUAGUUCGCGCGACGCAUUCGCGAGUGACAGACGUGUGAAGUUUUGGCGCCAUUUUGAUCUAAUUUUUCGACGUAAUAAAUACGAGAUGCCGAAAACUCGUGCUAGAAAAACAAAUAAAGCUAAAUGGACUUUAGACGACCUGGCAAAUGCUGUAAAGCUGAUUGAAGAACAAAAAUUUUCAAUCAGAAAAGCUGCCGAGAUGAUGAAUAUUCCAUUUGCCAGUCUUCACAAGAGGUACAAGAAAAAUAUAAUUAAGCCACCUCAUCUCGGUCGUUAUACUGUAUUUAGCCCUGAGAUGGAAAAAGAAUUAGCGGACACCAUUAAGAAAAUGGCUAACUUAUUUUAUGGGUGCACUCCAUAUCAAAUAAAAAGAGCCGCAUUUGAAUACGCUGAAGCCCUUAAGCUGAAACACAAUUUUAAUACCGUUUCGAGGUUGGCUGGACGAGUGUGGUUUGAUGGAUUUGUUACCAGGAAUAAUAUUUCUGUGCGGAAGCCCGAAGCUACUAGCAUUAACAGGGUUACAGCCUUCAACAGAACUGAAGUUCAACAAUUCUACACGCUGCUAGAAGAGCUAAUAGAAAAAUACAAGUUUGUACCAAAGAAUAUAUACAACUGCGACGAAACUGGCAUAUCUACCGUCCAGGAUCCAGGAAAAAUAUUGGCUGCAACAGGGCAAAAGAGAGUAGGAAGCAUAACAAGUUGGGAAAGGGGUAAGAAUAUAACUCUACUCUGCGCCAUGAGCGCCACUGGUGGAUAUGUCCCCCCAAUGUUUAUAUUCCCCCGAAAGAGGAUGGCCCAACAGGAGCAAUAUAUAAAUGCUCUGACAACGGUUGGAUAAAUGAAGAACUUUUCCUUCAAUGGCUCAAGCACUUCACCCACUUUACCAAACCUUCUGCAGAAGAACCAAUACUAUUAGUGUUGGAUAACCAUGCAAGCCACAUUUCUUUGUCGAUAUAUGAGUAUUGCAAGGAAAACCAUGUCCAUAUGCUAUCACUACCACCUCACACAUCUCAUCGCAUGCAGCCAUUGGAUGUGUCCUUUUUUGGUCCAUUCAAGGCUGCAUAUAGAAGAGAAUGCGAUUUAUUCAUAAAAAGCCAGCUUUUACAAAAAAUAUCACCAUACGAUGUUGCUUCAUUAGUCAAAAAGGCAUUUUCGAAUGUUGCCUCUAUGAGCAAAGGCGAAGCUGGUUUCAGAGCAACGGGAAUAUUUCCUAUAAAUCCCAAUGUUUUCACAGAUGAAGACUUUCUGCCAGCUGAAGUCCUUCAGGUAGAACCAAUUGUAGUUCAAGAUGUUGCUGAAUCGACUUCUGCUGUUGCUAUUGACUCCGCACCAACCCUACCAGCUACUAUUGAGCUAGAUCGGAAUAGUCCUAUUCCGAGUACAUCCACCGCACCAACCCUACCAGCUACUAUUGAAUUAGAUCGAAUUAGUCCUAUUCCGAGCACAUCCACAUUUUGUCAUACUACUUCUGAAUCAAGGACUGACAUGGCACCAAAUCUUACAAUCCAAAAUUUCAUUCAGAUGCCUAAACAAAAAACUGUUGUCAAGACAAACGGAGGAAGAAAAAAACAGCAUGCAACUAUUUUGACUUCCACACCACUCAAAGACGCCCUAGUGGAUAAAGAAAAUAAAAAGAAGGAGAAAGCUGCGAAGAAUAAAGGAAAACGAGUAGGAAAGAAGAGCAAUCCACAAAAGAUCAGUCGUGAGAAGGUUAAGAAGAAAAUUCUACAGGACUCUAAUGACACUUCGGUGUCAGAUGUAAAUACUGAUGAGUUAUGUCAGGAUGAUGAAAAUGAUGAUGCAGGAGAUGCAGGGAACUUGUGUCUUGUAUGUGGCGAAUUUGGGCGAGACAAUGAGACAUGGUACCGGUGCACUUCUUGUGGGCUCUGGGCUCAUGCCGAAUGUACUGGAUGGGAUUCUGCGCACAAUUAUGUGUGCGAUAUGUGUUGAUCACCAUUGCCCACAUACUGAUCACUAUUGCCAACCGAUGUUGACAAUGGUGAUCAAACGUACUUUUUUUUAUUUCGUUGAUUGUACCAAAAUUAGUAAACUUAUGUGAUGAAAGUUGAUCUCAGUUGAUAGUUAAGAAAGUAAAGUUUAUGAUUAUAAUAGAACAAUAUAUAGUUAAAUGAUAAACAUGUUUUUAUUCUUGUUUUUGCUUAAGUGAUCCCCAUUACCUACAU